AUGGAAGAUUCGAUGGACAUGAACAUGAGCCCCCUGAGGCCCCAGAACUAUCUUUUCGCUGUGGAGGAAGAUGCAGAAUCAGAAGAUGAAGAGGAGGAGGAUGUAAAACUCUUCAGUGUGCCUGGAAAGCGAUCGGCCCCUGGAGGUGGUAGCAAGUUUCCCCAGAAAAAAGUAAAACCUGCUGCUGAUGAAGAUGAUGAUGAUGAAGAUGAAGAAGAUGAUGAUGAAGAUGAAGAUGAUGAGGAAACUGAUGGAAAAGACUCAAAACCAUCAACACCAAGAUCAAAAGGUGAAAAAUCCUUCAAAAAACACGAAAAAACUCCUAAAACACCAAAAGGACCUAGUUCUGUAGAGGACAUUAAAGCAAAAGUGCAAGCAAGUAUAGAGAAAGGUGGUUCUCUUCCCAAAGUGGAAGCCAAGUUCGUCAAUUAUGUGAAGAAUUGCUUCCGGAUAACUGACCAGGAGGCUAUUCAAGAUCUCUCCCAGUGGAGGAAGUCUCUUUAAGAAAAUAGUUUAAACAGUUUGUUAAAAAUUUCCGUCUUCUUUCAUUUCUGUAACAGUUGAUAUCUGGCUGUCCUUUUUAUAAUGCAAAGUGAGAACUUUCCCUACUGUGUUUGAUAAAUGUUGUCCAGGUUCCAUUGCCAAGAAUGUGUUGUCCAAAAUGCCUGUUUAGUUUUAAAGAUGGAACUCCAUCCUUUGCUUGGUUUUUAAGUAUGUAUGGAAUGUUAUGAUAGGACAUCGUAGUAGUGGUGGUCAGACAUGGAAAUGGUGGGGAGAAAAAAAUAUACAUGUGAAAUAAACUCAGUAUUUUAAU